GGCAGAUUCAGUUGCUACUUUGACUGCCGUCGAGAACGCACACGCCCUAUUCUCUCUCCCGCAGCACCCUUAACGGUUAAACGUUUUAAUUUAAAAAGGGGGGAGUAUAUAUAUAUCUAUUUCACCAAAGUGAAUGUUAUUUCAAUCGAAAUUUUUCGUUUAAAAAUUGAAGAAUUUAAUUCGAUUGUGCAACUUUGUGUGAAAAACAAAUUGUCGUUCAAUUUUUUGGUGUGUCGGAUCAAUUUUCGUGAAGUCUGCCCACGUUCUGGAUGCUGGACAGGAAUUAGAAGAGAGAAAUAACAUUGGAAAGUUGUUUAUCUUCUUCUUCGACGUGUUUAUUUUUUAAUUUUAAAAAAAGGUGCAGCAAACAAAUUAAUUCGUAAGAUUAAAAAGAGAAAAAAUAAAUUUCCGGUCUCAGAUGGCCACCGUGAUGGAUGACGGAUGCGGUGGCACAGCAGCACAGCAGCAAAUGCAAAACGGCGGUGCCACGAUUCAUCACCAUCCGGCCAGCUCUUCUUCUUCGGCCAACAACAUUCAAGCUUCGUCUAAUAAAAUGACGAUAGCCAACAACAACAACAACAACAACCACCAGCAGCAUCACGUUGGAAUGCAAUCCAAUCACCAGCCGCCUUUCCUCUGCUCCGGAUGCGCCACGCCCAUCGUCGACCAGUACCUCUUAAAAGCUUUAGAUUGCUUCUGGCACGAGGACUGUCUCAAGUGCGGAUGUUGCGACUGCCGACUGGGCGAGGUCGGCUCCACCCUCUACACCAAAGCCAAUUUGAUUCUCUGCAAAAGAGAUUACCUCAGAAUGUUUGGCACGUCGGGCAAUUGCGCCGCUUGCUGCAAAGCCAUUCCGGCCUUUGAGAUGGUCAUGAGAGCCAAAAGCAACGUCUACCAUCUCGACUGUUUCGCCUGCCAGCAGUGCCACCAGAGGUUUUGCGUGGGCGACCGGUUUUACCUGAACGACAACAAGAUCCUGUGCGAGUACGACUACGAGGAGCGAUUGGUAAUGGCGGCCAGCCUGCCGUCCAACAACAACAAUGGCUCGACGCAGCACAUUCAAAGGCGAGUGUCUGACAUACAUCAAUCAGGAGACGGUGCGAUAGGCUACGACACCCAAGACGGCGGCAGUUUAUUUCAUCAUCGUCAUGAGCAGCAGCAGCAGCAAACUGGCUAUGAUCAUCAGCAGCAACUGUCAGAUGCUGCGUCCCAGUUUAGAGGUGCAGCAUCGAACAUGUACCAGCAGCAGCAGCAGCAGUAUGCUCCCAAUCGGCAGCUACAUCACCUGGCCGGCAACAGCCAGCAACAGCACAAGCAUGGUUCUCCCAGCGAUGGAUCCUCCAGUGGCUACGGGAGCCCAGACUCUGUCCUCCUGGAUGAGCGAUAGAAAGCCUCUCAAAUGGUGUCUUAGAAUGAUAUGUAGAGCUCGGGGGUUUGAUGUUGUGUGGGUCUGGGCCAAGCAGCAGGCUAUUCUCAGUACAAAGCAGUUUCGUCUAAAAAAUAAUAAUAAUGAUUAAAGAAGCCUUGCAUGACAAAUGUCCCUUCUGGUCAAGCCCAAUCAGAUGUGGUGUAGACCCAACUUGUAAACUCUCGUAAACCCAUUUAUUUACUUGUCCUGCACCAAAAUUCUUUAACCUAAAUAUGCUGUGAUUCACACUUUGACAUUGUAAAAGUUUUCUGUUAUGUUCCUUUGUUCAUGUGUACCUCUCCCAAAUCUCUUGUUUCGCACCCGAGAUUUUUAAAUAAGAUUUCGAUUUGUCUAUGAGAAAUGAAUAAUGAUGGCUAAAGAUAAAAUACACCAACAACCAAAUUAGAAUUUCAAA